UCCUUGAGCCAAUACAUCAAUAUGGCAUCAGGCAACCUGGACCAGUGGGUGAAGGACGAGCUCUAUGAUGUCCUUGGAAUCAGUGACAGAUACAUUGCAGAAUUCCUUGUCGGACUUGCCAAGAGGGCGUCUAGCAGCUCAGACUUGGUACAGCAAAUCAGGCAGACUGGGACCAUUGAUAUCUCAGAUGGUGUGGUCAGGUUUGCAGGAGAACUCUUCAAUAAGAUACCGAGGAAGCAGCAAGCUAUAAAUCCCAAUAGACUGAAAGAGAAGCAAGCGAAAGAACAAGAAUUGAAGAAUAGGUCAUACAAGCUCCUUUCGGAUGAUGAGGAAGAAGAAGAGCAACUGGUUAGAAUUGUCAGAGAAAAGAGACGGAAGACUACUGGUAAAAAGAGACAGCACAUCAGAAAACAGAAACAAGAGAGUAGUGAUGAAGAUAGCGAGCCAGAACCUAAGAGGCAAGCUCAUAUCAAGAAGGAGUCAAGUUCAGAAUCUGAUAGUACGGAGGAUGAAGAGAAGGAGAGGAGGAGGGAUUUAGAAGAGAGAGAUGCAUUCGCUGCCAGAUUGAAAAACAAGGAUAAAGAACGAACAAGGAAGAAAACUAAUAAGAGCAGCAAGAAGGACUUGGCCGAGGCCAAGCGAAGACUGGAAAAGGCGGAGGAGGACCGGAGGAUGAUAGUACCAGACCUGAGGAAGGAGUCCCGUCAGAAGUACCUGAAGAUGAGGAGAGAGGAUAAGCUGAAGGAGUUAGAAGCCGAUAUUCAUGAUGAGGAAUAUCUCUUUGCACAGGAAAGUUUAACAGAGCGGGAGAGAAAAGAGAUGAAGUAUAAGAAGACUGUGCUGGAUCUUGCUAAGGAGCACAAAAGUGCAGGAGAGAAAGAAAGAGAAGGAAGAUACUAUAUGCCAAAAGACGAUGAGAAACAAUCAGAGCGUUAUGUGGAACCCGUGGGAGAGGAAGGAGCAGCGAACUAUGAACAGAAGAGAUGGGAGGAUGAACAUGUUCUUAAAGGGGAGAUGCACUUUGGAGCUAAAGAUGCUAAGCAAAGGCACAAGCAAAAGGAAUAUGAUCUAGUGGUCGAUGACUUUGAAGAGAUUGAGUUUGUCGCUGCGUUCACUGCACCUGGAACCAUCAAAGAGAGUGAUGAUGAAGAUGAUGAUGAGCCUAAGAUGUCGGCUUCGGAGAGGAAGAAACAAUCCAUUCAGGAGGUUAGGAGGAGUCUUCCAAUCUAUCCAUUCCGUGAUGAUCUGAUCUCGGCUAUCAAGGAUCAUCAAGUCCUGAUUAUAGAGGGCGAGACGGGAUCAGGAAAGACCACACAGAUCACACAGUAUCUGCAUGAGGCCGGAUUUACCAAGAAAGGAAUGAAGAUUGGUUGCACCCAACCCAGGAGGGUUGCUGCUAUGAGCGUAGCUGCAAGAGUUGCAGAAGAGAUGGGCAUCAAACUUGGCAAUGAGGUUGGGUAUAGUAUAAGGUUUGAAGACUGCACUUCUGAUCGUACAAUCAUCAAGUACAUGACUGAUGGUAUGCUCCUCAGGGAAUUCCUUGGGGAACCUGAUCUCGCUAGCUACAAGGUACUUAUUGUUGAUGAAGCUCAUGAAAGGACACUCCACACUGAUAUUCUCUUUGGUUUGGUCAAAGACAUCGCUAGAUUCAGACCUGACCUGAAGCUGCUUAUCUCUAGUGCUACGCUUGACACUGAAAAAUUUGCUGGAUUCUUUGAUGAUGCUCCAAUCUUCAGGAUACCUGGAAGACGCUACCCUGUAGACAUCUUAUAUACCAAAGCACCUGAGGCUGAUUUCUUAGAUGCCUGUGUGAUCUCAGUUCUUCAGAUCCACCUGACGCAACCUGAUGGCGAUUGCCUGGUCUUCUUGACCGGUCAAGAGGAGAUUGAGACGUGUAUGGAAAUGCUUCAGGAGAGGGUUAAGAAGCUUGGUAACAAGGUGAAAGAACUCCUGGUCCUACCCAUCUACUCCACCCUCCCCUCAGACCUCCAGGCCCGCAUCUUUGAGCCCACUCCUCCAGGGGCGCGUAAGGUUGUCCUGGCAACCAACAUCGCGGAGACGUCCUUGACGAUAGAUGGCAUCAUCUAUGUGAUUGAUCCAGGGUUCUGCAAACAGAAGAGCUACAAUGCGAGGACGGGCAUGGAGUCUUUGGUAGUCACACCAAUCUCAAAGGCAUCAGCCAAUCAGAGAGCGGGACGAGCUGGGCGUGUGGCCGCAGGAAAGUGUUUCCGUCUCUACACAGCAUGGGCCUUCAAGAAUGAAUUAGAAGAGAACACUAUACCUGAGAUUCAGAGGACCAACCUCGGUAAUGUGGUCCUCCUCCUCAAGAGUCUUGGUAUCAACGAUCUGAUCCACUUUGACUUUAUGGACCCUCCCCCUCACGAGACCCUGGUCCUGGCCCUGGAGCAGCUGUACGCCCUCGGAGCACUCAACCACAAAGGUGAACUCACCAAGAUGGGCCGCAGGAUGGCAGAGUUUCCUGUGGAUCCCAUGUUGGCCAAGAUGAUAUUGGCGUCAGAGAAGUAUAAGUGUUCAGAGGAGAUCCUCAGCAUUACUGCCAUGCUGUCUGUCAAUAAUGCUAUCUUCUACCGACCCAAAGAUAAGAUAGUCCACGCCGACAACGCAAGGGUCAACUUCUUCACUCCUGGCGGUGACCAUCUCACGCUUCUCAACGUUUACAAUCAGGUAAGAUUUUAUUUUUGUUCCUCAUCUAAAUAUUUUUUUCUGGCUAGAAUUCACAAAGUUUAGGAAGUUCGGGAUGAGGUGUGAGAAAAAUUCUCAAUUUUUCCAAUAUACAGGAAGAAAAUUUUUUAAGACUUGGGGAAGAAUGGAGAAAAUACAAAAUUUUACACAAAAUGCAUUUUUUUAGGCAAAAAGAAAAACUACAAGAAGCGAAAGGAAGAUCAUGAAAAUAAUCCAAGAAAAAGGUUGAAAAUUCAUCAACCUUGGGAGUGUUUUCUGAAAGGAUUGUGAAAUGGGUUGUCUGACGAAGACUGUUUGUCUGAUAGUUACCAUAGUAACAGUUGGAUACAUGUGCUUCUUAGCCAAAAGAUACAAUGAAAAGUUAUUAAAUCUGACUUGUCAAAUGACAAAUGCAGAUGAAUCACUCUCCUGUUCGUAGUGAUAUCCGAGCUCUAUUUGCAAAUGAGACAGCAUAGCCAGGAAGCAAUGUAGCCCUUUUCGGAUAAGAACGUAUGAUCUGAUCGUGUGGGGUUUGAGUCCCAUCUAACAAAAAUCUGAUGCUGUAGUGUUUUGUGUCAGCGUGCCUCACAUCUGUAUUCAGUGAAGGUGUGAAUGCAGUGGGAAAACUGCAUUCUGUUUAUCAGAAAGGACACUGAUGUUAUAUUGCACCCGCCACAUCCCGGCAAAACCCUUUAGGAGGUUGAGUCUUCAAGUAAGAUUGCCACAGUAAUCAAUACUUUAAAGGGAUGGCCCGGGCUGAAAAUAUUUAUAUCUUUUCUUAAUACAUAGAGUAGAAUUCACUGAGCAAAAUGCCGAAAAUUUCAUCAAAAUCGGAUAACAAAUAAUAAAGGUAUGAAAGUUUAACAAUAUUUUGUGAAAACAGUCGUCAUGAAUAUUCAUUAGGUGGGCUGAUGAUGUCACAUCUCCACUUUCCGUUUUCUUUAUGUUAUUACCUAAAAUCAUAAUUUUUUCAUUAUUUGAUUUGAUUUGAUUUGAUUUAUUUUAUUUCCACAUUUC